AUGUCGUCGGCGCUCGAAAAACUUCGGACCGAGGACACCAACGGUGAAGAGACGAUGCUGGCGGGAGGCAAUCCGCGUGCAGACGGCGGCAACAACGAGACCGAGACGGAUGUGGGCCGACGUCUGUGGAAGGACCAGGAGGGGCGGCUCAAGGCGGGCAUCGAGUCUUUCUUCAAGAUGAUGUUUCCCAGACUGGUGCGACUGGGAUCGGAGGCCGAGAUAUCGACAGAGUGCCAAGCGGCAUACUUCAAGAUGUUCCUCGCCAUUCGGCAGCUCAAGACGUGGGCUUUGCAGAUGGUGGACUCUUCUGGCAAGAUCCCGAACGGCGUGAUGUCUGGCACGGCGGCCUCUUUUGGACACUUCGACCAGUGCCUGGGAAUCACCGCGGAGGGGGACGCCUUCCGCGGGAAGUUCUGCAACCUCGAGCUCUGGCUCAGGGACUUGCCCAGGCCGAGUGCCAACGCCGCUGACAUUAUCGAGGACAGCGAGUCGGUGUUGACCUUCUUCUACGACAAUGGCUACUGGCUCCAGCUGUUCCCCGCAAGGUUGGGCGUCUGCAUACCAUCCACAUGCAGCGGCGAGGACCUCCAAAAGAUGGCCGCCAAAGCUUCGCAGGAACUCCAGAUAACGGCAAAGGUGACGUCGUGCCAAGUCAAGGAGCCAAUCAACUUUUCCCAGGAGCAGCUUGCGGUCCUUUGCAUCCUGGGCGUUCUCCUGCUUCUCGCCAUUGUCGGAACAGCACUCGACGUACUCUGCACACAAGACGUCAAGCAGACAGCAACAGCUCGGUCUCUUAUCACCUUUCCUAACGCUCCCUGCUGGUGUCAUGUGAUGUUUAUUUUGGCUUUUCUUUUCUCUAUCGCUUUUUUUGCAUACCGGUGUCACACGAACACAGACCGACUCGUGGAGGCUCUGGCGAGCUUCUCGCUGGUGCGCAACACGCGGUCGCUGUUCAGCCGCUCGGAGCACGCGACCGGGCCGCUGGAGGCCCUCAAUGGCAUACGCGUCAUCUCCUGCUUCUGGAUCGUGCUGGGACACAUCUACUUUCUUACCGACCUCUCCACCUACAUCCGCUUCGCUUCCCUAACCAAGCUGCAAGUUCUGUUCAAAGACUUCUUGUUCACGCUGGUCGAGAACUUCACGCUGCCUGUUGACACCUUCUUUUUCGUCACUGGCCUGCUCCUGACAUACAACCAGACGAAGAAGUCUCACCAAACGAAGAGCAGCGCCAGUCUCUGGAACAUGAUCUCCAUGGUCUUCCACAGAUACUGGAGGAUGACGCCGGGAUUCGGACUUGCCACGGCGCUGUUCGUGCUGAUGCCGGCGUUUGGAAGUGGGCCCAUGUGGGGCGACGUGCUGGGCCUGGCCACUGAGAACUGCAGGCUCUAUUGGUGGACCAACCUGCUCUAUUUCAGCAACUACCUGCCGUACAGCAAAAUGUGCAUGCUGCACUCGUGGUUCCUAUCACUGAAUAUGCAAUACUUCGUCGUCGGUCUUCCCCUGGCUCUGGUGAUGUUCAGGAAACCGAAAGUGACUCUGCUAGUUCUCAUGGCCCUAGUCAUAGCCAGUUGCCUGGUCACUGGUACAGUUACCUACAUGAACGAACUUCCUCCUGCCAUGCUCAUGAUGACUGCGCGCUGGAGCAAGGCGAAGCAGCUACUGAACCAGGUGUACUACCAGCCCUUCACGCACUUCGGGCCAUUUGCAAUUGGUCUUUGUUUCGGCUACGCUCUGCCUACGGUCAAAGUGCCUCGUUUCGGAAAGGUAACGUUGGCCGCCGGCUGGUUGAUGGCUAUCGUGCUGUGCGGCUCUGCCGUGUUCGUUGCAUACCCGUUCCGGCGGGGAGACACGGCCUUCCAUCCCCUGUUGUCGGCGGUGUACGCGGGCUGCCACCGGACCCUCUGGACCGUAGGCGUUGCCUGGGUGACGGUGCUCUGCGCUACACGGCAAGCAGGUCUGGUGGGUGAAAUGCUGUCGUCUUCUGUCAUGACCCCACUGAGCCGACUCAGCUACCUGGUGUUUCUGCUGCAUCCGGUGCCCAUCUACGUACACGUGGCCUCCGUGCGGGAGUCCUUUCAGCUGGACCACUACUACAUGUGCACCCUCUAUUUUGGCAUCUUGGUGACAUCCAUCCUAAUGGCGUACGUGGCUUACCUGACGGUCGAGGCCCCCUUCGCUGCUCUAGAGAGACUUAUGCGGUCGUCUCCGAAGACGGCCUCUGGCCGCGUGCAGACGCCGCUGCCCACACUUAAUACGGAGCCGCCGCCGCAGCCGCAGCAGCAACUACAACGCAAGGCGUCUGACGGUUGGAUGUCAGUGCCGCGAAGCGCUCCAGCCUCCACAUGUGCUGCACUGAACGGCGGAAACUCGACACUGGCACUGGCCAUCACGAAGACACCCGAAUCGAGCCAUCUUUGAGGCUGUUGCUGUGCUCAUGAGGCCUUGCCCGAUGUGGAAGGAUGUUACCGCCUUCUCGUUAACAGGGCUGGUAUUUAGGAGGGUUGAGGAAACGUGGUGAUUUGAAGUUAUCGAGUGUUUUCUGAAUAGGAAAAAAGCUAAUGCAGCCAAAGUGAUCAGCUGGAAUGAUUUUAACACCUACCUCCCUUACAUGCCAUAUGAGUAGUUGUCACACAUCGUGAAACGCAAAGGUUAGCACUCUUGUCGAUGUUUAAAGAAGGGACUGACGGGAAUGAAGGCCAAAGAUAUUGGUCGGCAGGACACGCGGAGGUCAAGCGAGUGCCCCGCAAUAUUUUACCGUUAUCUCGUGAUUCUGCGUGCAGUUUCUUUCUUUUUUUUGUAGCAAAGCGCUGCCCUUCUAUAGUUCUGCCAGUGACGCCUGGGUUCUUGCGGAAAAGUCAAUGAAAAGAUCGGGUGAUGGAGCUGGUAUAAGUAAACGGCGUAAUCCAAAAACGUAACUUACAAUUACAAAUAAGUAUUCAAUCCAGAAACUCCACCAUUUUGCGCAAGGUAGUACAACCAGAUUAAAGAAGUAUCAGUGGUAUUGAACGCGCGUAAGACUCUUCAUCAUCUGUAGAAGGACAUUACGAAAGUACCAUUGUCCAUAGGCUUUGGUGUUCUAUUGGAAAUGAAACAAUUUUCGAUGACAAGCGGUGGACACGUAGUUUGCGGUGGCAUCUGUUAAGCCUCCGUGGCAAGCCAUCUUUCAGGUUGUCUCAGUGACAUGAAGAUUCCUUUGUAUCGUCAUGAAAUCGUCUUUAAGAGGAACAUCGCAUUACAAAACAUAAUGUCUCUCAUAAAAAUUUGUUUCCACCAGACCAAUCGCAUAUGGCGAGUAAGGGGGACUCGUGGGACGCGGAACUCGUUGUAACUGUACUUCAAAUGUAUAGGAAGACGUCGUAGAGCUAGUGAGCCGCCGCAAAAUUGCCAGAAAAAGAAUUUGCGGGCUUUACAAUAAAAUCGCAUGUCGAACGUCGUUCCUCAAUACUAACGUAACUGAAACUAAGAUGGCAGUAUCUUGCUUCUGGAGCAGAUACACUAACGGCAUCAUUUUCGGCGUUUGCGGGCGCUAAUCAAUCAAUGUGCGCGUGGGUUAUUACGUUGCAACCAUAGCUGUAGGGAGGGGAUCAUCACCAGGGCACCGACGCCGCGUUUUGUUUGCAGCAGAAAGCUUGAUAGUGUGAUUUAGACGACAGCCGCUUUACCUGGGAGUGAUGCUUGGGGUUACAAAGUCCGUCUUAUUGGUCAGUUCGCUCUAAAAGUGUACCUCGAAUGCAUACUUGCAUGACGUUCUCGUUGAGUUAAGCAAAAAAUUGUGUUAUGGGCUUGAACGACAAAAACAUCAAUGGGUCCUUCUUAUUGUGUGUAACUGCCAGACCUCUAUGUCAAAGAAUUAAAAAAUAAGAGUUUCGUCUCCGGGAUGAAAUGGCGGAGAGAAGCAAGUUAAUAGUUGAUAUCAUGUGCUCUAAUUCUUCCGCAUUCAACGGUUAACAGUCUGAAUUUGUUUUUAGUGUCCAACAUGCGGCUGAAAACUUUGCCUGUACUCACUUGAGUGAAACUGUUCGGCGAAAUGUAAACUAUAGCCUUUAUAUGUGUUAUCGAAGGAAGACAGAAAACAAAACAAUAGUCUAUAAAAGCGAGAAUGGGCAGAACUUGUCGCCCUCCCAUUCACUGCCGGGUUCAGCCUGCUGUCAUAGGCUGAACAUUCGCACGCGGCUGUACAAGGUAUUGGAUAGUACAACUUCGAGUGUGUCAAGCCAGUGUUUUCAAGCUACAUUUUAACAGAGAGUAUUUACCGUUCAUGGCUUUACCAUAUACCCCUCUCUGUUUUGUUGGUAUUGUUCUUGUUUACUGCCUUUUGCUUGUUUUUUAGAAAAAGAAAAGUUCUGGAAUCAACAGGGUAUGUGCUUCAUGGGACGGUUCUGGCCGAACUUUUCGUGUGCCCUUUUGUAUUAUACGCAUAUUGCAUCACAUCGUUUGUUGCAUUAUCAAUGAAAAAAAUGAAAGAAAAUAAAGUGUACAUAACAAUCGG